UACAUACGGAUGAAGUCAUGUGCAGUGUUAGAAGACAACCGAUGGACUGGUUCUCAAUGGAUGAGAAUUCAGCCGGCUUACAAGGCUGAAAAAAGUUCGAUAUCACACGAACAUAAUAGUGUUAAACGACGGUUGAACUUCGGAUUUGACUCAUGCCAAGAAGAUGUUCUUUGAGACUUUGACGAUCAUCCCCACAUGUCAGCAAAGUAGCGGCGCGACAUUCCCGCCUCACCCCACUUCUCUCCUCUUGGGAUAUUGGAUUCUGGGGUAGAGCAAAGGAUGGCGCGAGGAAAAUAGCGACGUGUAUAAAAGAACUGACACCCAUCUCUCAGAUCGUGAGUAUUGUAUCAAAUCAUUCUUCUCAUUCCAUUACCUUCUUGCCAUCCCAGCCAUCAUGGCAACAAUCACGACGACCCAAGCGGAGGCAUCAACAACAGGGAGCAACAAGGAUGCAAUCGAGCUCCAAUCUUACCCACCCUCUCAAACACCCUCGACCAGAAAACUAGAUAUCUCAGAUCUCGAAGAAAUAAGACAGGAUUCCAAUCCCCCAGCCCGAGCAGUGGAUAUCAAGCAGCAAUGGAAUUCACCCGGUGGCAACAAAUGGCGAGUUUUUGCUACAUUUUGGUCUUUCUUCGUUGUGGGUAUGAAUGAUGGCUCAUACGGUGUAAGUCAUUUUAUGUGAUCGAAUUGAUCGAGAUUGAUAUUGAUAUCAACAGGCUUUAAUCCCCCACCUGGAACCCUACUAUGACCUCAACUACACCAUCGUCUCCCUCAUCUUUCUCUCCCCCUUCGCCGGCUACUCCCUCGCCUCAAUCGUCAAUAAUCUCGUUCACGUCCGAUUCGGCCAGCGCGGCGUCGCAAUCAUGGGUCCCCUCUGCCACAUCGUAUCCUACGUGGUAGUCGCCAUCCAUCCUCCUUACCCAGUUCUAGUCGUAAUGUUCAUCUUCGUCGGCUUCGGAAACGGCCUCAUUGAUGCCGCUUGGUGUGCUUGGAUAGGUAACAUGGCAAAUGCGAAUGAAGUGCAGGGGUUCUUGCAGGCUUCGUAUUCGCUGGGAGCGACGGUUUCGCCGCUGAUUGCUACGGCGUUGAUUGAAAAGACGGGGGCGGGGUGGUAUGGGUUUUAUUAUAUUAUGAUUGCAGCUUCAGCGCUUGAGUUCGCUACCUCUGCUUCCACGUUCUGGAAACAGACUGGUGCAGUGUACGAAGCAGAGAAUCCUCGCGAUCCUGACUCAAACACUGGACGGACACGUGAGGCAUUGAAGUCGAGAGUCACUUGGCUAUUCUGCUUCUUUGUAUUCGGUUAUGUCGGUGCCGAAGUCUCCCUCGGCGGCUGGAUCAUAACAUUCAUGACCAAAGUCCGCGGCGCCAACCCUUUCGCCUCCUCCGCCACCUCCACCGCCUUCUGGGCCGGCAUGACAGUCGGCCGCCUCCUCCUCCCCUACGUAACCUCCCGCCUCGGCGAAUACCCCUCCGUAAUCCUCUACCUCCUCCUCUCCUUCGGCCUUGAGCUCAUCUUCUGGCUGGUCCCCUCCCUCAUCGUCUCCGCCGUCGCCGUCUCUCUCCUAGGCGUCUUCAUGGGCCCCAUGUUCCCCACUGCGAUUGUCAUGGUGACGAAACUGCUGCCCAAGGACUUACACGUUGGUUGUAUUGGGUUCGGGACUGCGUUUGGGGGGAGUGGAGGGGCGAUUUUCCCGUUUCUUGUGGGGGCUAUUGCGCAGAGUAGGGGGGUUAGGACACUGCAGCCGGUUAUUUUGGCGUUGCUUGUGGCGAUUGGGAUUCUUUGGGCGUUGUUGCCGAGGAAGAGGGGGAAGGGGCAUGGGGGCGAGGAGUCGCAUAGGGUGGAGAAUGAGAGGGAGCUUUGAAGACUUGGGGAUGGGUUUUGCAGUGGGGAGGGUAAUAUGUGGAAGUGCUGGGAUCCGUAUUAUAGUACAGAACAGAGUUCUGCUCUGGUGAUGAUAGGGCCAAGAGGCGGAAAUAGUAGUUAAUGUUCUAAUCAAAAGAAGCAUACGUUUUCUGAUUGCAGUUUGUGGAAAUAUAUUUUAAUCCAGGUCAUAUCAUUCAAAU